AUGCAUUGCUCCAAGGAUUGCGUGUGCACGCUGUGUCGUGAGUUGAGUGACUUCAAGCAGAUCAAAGUGAAGAUGGACAAAAAGGUGGCUCAUGAUGAGAAUUUCAUACUGAGGCGACGCCUCUCGACGGACGUGCUGAAUGAGAUGGGACAGAAUUUCGCCAGGAAGCGCUCGUCCUUCUUCAGGCAAUUGCCACAGAAGAGCUCUCAGGGACGCAUGACGAAGGCCAGCAGCUAUAAUGAGCUUCCGGGGCAGUUUGAUGGUCGUUCAAACUACCAGAGGAGCUCCUUUUUAGCGCCACUGCGCGACGAGGAUCAGCGUAUCGUGAGGAGCACUACGAAUCUGGCAGAGAAUGGCGAGAGAAACUCGGCGGCGGGUCACAAGGUUGUGAUCUACUUCGGGGACUCGCUGAACAAGCGCCGCAGUGAGAAGAAGACCUCUAUUCCGGACAUUCACCAUGCCAGUCGCCUCCUGGAAGAGACAGCACCGCCCGCGCCGGAGAAGAAACAAGCGCCGGACAAUGGCGAUGUGAUGCGGCAGCUGAAGAGUGUGCUGGAGGAGAAGAAUCGCGAGAAGGAGUCAGCAGUGGUGAGAAAAGUGCCUGAGAAGCCUCAGAAAAGUGAUAAAAUGGAUAAGAUCAACGACAAGACGUUCGAGAAGUGCGCCGUGGCGCCCAAGAGUCAGCCUGGUGAGCUGCCACACUUUGUGGAGAGUGUCAUCAAUGGGGUGAUCAACAUCAAGAUUGAGGAGAACUUCGUGGAAGCCUCGCGACUGGUGAAGAGCAUCGCCGACAGCAAUUCGUCCGGCAGCGAUGUGCAAUCGCUGAAUGAUGACUCCUUCGACUGGAGUUUCGUCCAAGAGUGGAGAACACGACCCUCAGGAAGUGCCGCUUCGAGCGUGCCUGUGUCCUAUCCUGCACACAGCGUCCCCAUCCAGAGUCCUGCCAUCGUGUCGCCGGCCCUGCGCGUGCCCAAGGAGAUCGCCUCGCGUCCCACGGGCGCCGAGCCGUACAGGAAGACCGCCGCCUCGCCCGCCAACGACCUCAGUAUCCCCGCCGCCAAUGAAUUCGGCUCCGCGAAGCGCGAGGACGGCGUUGGUGGGAAUUCAUACAACGAGUCGACGUUGGCCAUCUCAGCGGUGCGACAGGGACAAGUGGCUGCGGCCAGCAAGGCGAUCGCCGCGAUGGUGCCGGAGAGGGACACGGGGCCGGGAAAGGUGGCGAAGCCGGUGCCGCAUCGCUCCUUGGCCGGCCCCACCAAGCUCACCGUCCAGAGCACGCCGGUGAAGUACCAUCCGCCGAUGCUGAGCGCCGCCUUGGACAGCAAAGGGCCACUCAGUCGACCCGCCAAGGCCGCGGCGCCGACGCAGCAGACCAACCAGUGGCAGGGCGGCCAGGCGCAGCAGCAGCCGGCGAAGAACAGCAUCUCGCUACGCACGCAUCACGCGCACGACCUGAGAGGGCUGCAGAGAGUCGCCGAGUGUCACUCGUCGUCGGACGAGAACCGCUCCUCAGGCCACGCCAGCAUGUCAGACACAGGACACGGCAGCAGCUCUCCCGGCGGCAACUGCAGCGCGCCGCUGGGACCGCUUCCGGAAGACAGACUGGCGGCCGGCGUCACGAGCAGGAGCACGAGAUCCAGAGCAAGUACAAGUCACUCGCGAUCCAGACAUCGAGCGACACCGGCCAAGGUGCCGUGGGGCGGCAGCGGCCUGGAGGACAUCAAGCAGGCCAUCCAGCAGUUGACAAUGCGCUCGCAGACCAGCACUUCCACGUACAGCAGCCUGAGCGCCGGCUCCGAGAGUUCUGAGCCGGCACGCCGCCUGGGGCGCUACUCCUCGCUGGAGACGGUGAACACGAACGUUACCAGUGCCGACGAGUUCGUGUGGGUGGAUUCGCACAAUCGCCUGGUGGAGCUGCAGUACCCGCCCUGGAGCCAGCACUGCAUCCUGCGCGUCAUCCGCGCCGGCAGGUGUCGCGAGAGCGCGGACCGGAUCAGCAUCGAGGCGGUGCCGCGGUUGGGGUACUUGCUGCAGCGCGCCCUGGUGCGCGUGGCCAGAGAGAUCCAGCGCCUCUCGUGCGCCCUGGGCCUGUGCUCGAAGCACGAAGUGGCGGGAGCGUUCAAGAUCGUGCUGUGUCCAGCUCUGGCGGAUUCUUGCAUCAAGGCGUGCCUCCGGGCGGCCACGAUGUUCGCUGUGCCGGGCGAUGGAGCGCUGAAGCAAAGCAAAUCAUCGCGUGCCGGACUGCAACUGCCCGUGGGCAGAUUCCAUCGCUGGAUGGCGGAUGCGCGCCUCGGACGCUUCGUGCACGAGUAUGCGGCGGUGUAUCUCACGGCGGGCAUGGAGAAUCUACUGGAGGAAAUCCUGAUACAGAGCCUGCCCGCGGACGCGGCCAUUCCCCUCACGGCCACUGGCCUGGAGCACGCCAUCGCCGGCUCUGGUGACCUCUGGGGUCUGCUGCAGCCCUAUUCACACCUCAAUGCCGGCAGAAUUGCCUCCGGGGCGCUCACAAUGCCUCGCUGGGCUAGUCAAUCCUCCAUCGGAUCUGGAUCUGUCAACAGCUCGCAGCAGAAUCAGGCGCUGGAGCCCUGUCUGCUGACCACGUGCGUCGGGAGCCUGCAAGAGUUGAGGGAUCUUGUGCUGAGGGCGCAACAGAAGUUGCACCACGUCAGCCUUUCUCAUGGGGCGCUCAAGGCGCUCUUCUACUUCAUGCGCUGCUCUCAGCUGGAGCACGGCGACUCCGCCACGGCCGGCGGCUCCUCGGGCGGUACCAACGGCAUCCAGGAGUUGUGCUACGAGAGGGCUUAUGUAGUGCUUCCGCCUCUGGUCGAGUGGCUGCGAGUGACUUCGAGUCACGCAGAAUAUCGUCAUGCUCUGCUCAUCGACAAGGAUGACAUCAUGCAGGCGGCCAGGCUGCUCCUGCCGGGCGUGGAUUGUCCACCCAGGCCGAUUCUCGGGGAGGAGGAAUUGCCCACAAAGCGCCUAGUGGCGGGCGGCCCGAAUCCCCCACAAGAGGAUCCGAAUGAGUGCGGCAGGAGAGCAACUCUCGCUCUGGCCUUCCGCCUCAUCAUGACCGGACGGCCUGAGCUGUUCCUCCAGGCCAGUUCCCUGCUACCGUCCUCCAGUCGCUACGACACACUGAAUCACCAGGGAAUGACGCCGCUUAUGAUUGCGGCGAUGAGGAAUGACGAGGCGACACUGCAAGCCAUUCUGGACACCGGAUCUGAUCCGAACAUCGAAGUUCCUGGCCACUGUCCGGCCAUUCAUCCGGAGACACAGCACUGGACAGCCGUGACCUUUGCAGCAUGCAGAGGUAACUUCCAGGCGGUGAGGAUUCUGCUCGAGCGCGGCGCUCAUGUCGAGGGCGGCGCGCGACUGAGUGAGGACAAGUGCACGCUGACGCCCCUUCAGGUGGCCAGCGGAGCGGGUUGUCUGGACAUCGUGGCGCUCUUGCUGGCCCACGGAGCGCACACGUUCCUGUCCACGCAGCAGAAGGACUCCCUGUGCUUCUCGGGCAGCGCCCAGAGAGGCUGCUACAGUGCAAUCUCCGUCGCCGCGGCGCACGGCCAGAGAGUGACGCUGCGGAAGCUGCUGUCGCACCCUCUGGCGCCCGGGAAUCGCGAGGUUCUGUCGCUUGAGGAGAUGCUGGCCGAAGGAGAUUCAACAUCUCGCACGGCUGUUGAGAGGAAUCACAGCUCAGACGCCGCGCCGGCGCUGAGCAAGACGCAGAUCAAGAGUCUGCAGGAGGCGAUGUACCACAGCGCGGAGAACAAUCACUUGGAUAUAACGGUGGAGCUGAGGACUCUGGGCGUUCCCUGGACGCUGCACUGCUGGAUGCACGCUCUGGCGGCGGCACAUGAGUUGAGACUGGACGCAGUGAUCGAUCAGCUGCUCCAGGACUUCCUGCAAGUUUGUCCAGAUGACUACAGUUCGCAGUUCGUCACCGAAUGUCUGCCGCUUCUGUUCAACAUCUUCCGCUACAGCAAAAAGGAGGGCACGACACUGUUGCUGGCCGACAUCUUCGCCACGUGUUUCGGCUGGGAGUCCAUCAAGUCCAUCAAGGAGCCCGUGAUGCAGCCCGGCAACGGCAGUCGCAUCGACCCGAAGUUCGUCAACAAUCCUGAGCUCAGCGAUGUGACUUUCAGGGUGGAGGGGAAAAUCUUCUACGGCCAUAAGAUCGUGCUGGUGACGGCGUCGCCCAGGUUCCAGAACAUGCUCAGUUCGAAGCUAGUGGAGGGAAACACGCCGACGGUGCAGAUCAACGACAUUCGCUAUCACAUCUUCGAGCUGGUGAUGCUGUUCCUCUACUCAGGCGGCUGCAACACUCUCGACGUCGUACCUGACGACAUCCUGGAGCUCAUGGCGGCCGCCAGCUUCUUCCAGUUGGACGGAUUGCUGCGCUACACCGAGGCCAGGUGCUCAGGCAUGAUCGACAUCGACAACGUGGUGGCGAUGUACAUCCACGCCAAGGUGUACAACGCGCACAAACUGAUGGAAUACUGCCAGGGCUUCCUGCUGCAGAACAUGGUGGCUCUGCUGACGUACGAUGACUCCGUGAAGCGCCUGCUGUUCGCCAAGAAGAUCCCCAAUCACGACGUCCUCAGCGGGCUGCUGGCCACGCUCCAGGCGCGUAUCAAGAGCCGCCAAUCGCUGCAGAAUCCACCAAAUAUGCACGCCGCGCCGCCGCGCGCCUGACGCCG